UAGAGGCGGCCUCGAGCUAUCCGUGUACGUUGACCAUGGAUAUGCUCGUGUUACCUCUUUUAAUAAUGAUUCCGUAUUUACGAUGCUAAGCGAAAGCUUUCUAUUUUGCAUCUUUCUUCUGUCGUAUACGAUGACAGCUCAGGCUGAUGCUGCCCCCCUUCAUAUAAUGAAACAAUCCCUUGAUGAUCAAGAAACACAAGAAGAAACCACCCUACCUCCUUUGCAGUCAUUGGAAAACAUGAAGAAAUCUUGGGAUGAUGAUAUGAAAUACCUAAAGCAAAGCCAUCAAGAAACCAGUCCCGUGUACGGAAUAGAACAAAUAACAGUCCCAGUGUAUUUCCACUUAUCAUCCAAGAACAUCCUCAGAUGCAGGACCGAGGCACUAGCUUCAGAAAAACUUGACGCAAAAUAUACAUGGACUAGUCCCACUGGACCUGUUGUUGAAGUGUCGAGAAGGUUAACUACAACAUCAACAGGAGAUCUCAUUCUACAUCACAUUAAGGGAUCUGAUGCUGGAAACUACAAUUGUUUUCUCAGGUACAUCCUCGCUUCAACAAAUGGACAAGUAACACUCAACUACUUAGUCUAUGUGUAUCAUCAUCCUGAAAUCAGCAUUCAUGCGUCUGUGUCAUUUUUUAUUAAAAGUUGUGAAAGCAGCCUUAUUACCAAAUUUAAACAAUAUAUUGAAGAAACUCUUGAAAACCUGGUAAAAGGAUUAAAUUGUGAAGAGCAUCUGAUGCAGACAGAGUGUAAAAAGGAAAACCGCCCUGGAUCAUUAUCGUCAUAUAUAUUGCAUUAUAAAUUUGGAGUUUACCCUAAGCAGAAUGUUCUACCUCUUGAAAGUGACACUGUAUCCUCAAUGAAGCCCAAAAAUGGAGUUAAAGAGGCAGUUCAGAGAAUUCAUCGCUACUUUGAGGAGCAGGCUGAUAAUCCUUCAUCAGAGUUUAGUUAUAUGAAGAAUUCCUUCAUUGAAGAAAAAAUACUCAUUUGUAAAGAAGGCUUUGGAAAAGGUUUAGUUGGCGCUGCUUCAUGCCCAGAAUGUUGUGUUGCAUGCUUUCCUGGUUUUUAUAGCACCAAUGAUCAAUCAGUGUGCUUGAGAUGUCCGCCUGGAACAUACAACCCAAGCCAUGGACAAACACAUUGCAGAAAAUGUCCACAUAAAAGACACACAUCCAAGGAAGGGGCUGAAUUUGUGACUCAGUGCUACAGUCAACUACCAAGCUGGUCAAUUAUUUUAAUUACUGUAACUGUAACAGCUGCAAUACUCAUCUCUAUUUUUGCGUUAUUUUGGGUAUUUCGGCGAAAAUUAUUGGCUGCAACCUAUAUUAAGGAGAUAACCCCUGAAAAAAAGAAAAUUGUCAAGGGACUUGGAAAAGUUGUUCAGAAUGUGGAUUUGAAAGAAGCUAUAGCUCUUCUUAGACCCGUUCCUUGCAAACUUAAACCUAAACCCAAACUGCCUUUUCUGGAGGAGAUUGCAUGUACAUCUGCUACUUCUAAUGUGAGUGAGUCCUCAGGGGAAGAAAGCACACCUGCUACUAGCAAUCCGACUGAGUCCACUGAGGAUGAAAGUAUGUCAGACUAUGACAGUUCUUGAAAGAAGAAUGAGUAUUCACUGAAGGUUUCUCUGAAGACUCUCCAUCAAAGUGCUGUAUGUGGUCAAGUACGCAGCACAAAGCUACAUCUCGGGAAGACAAGGCAAAGUGCCGUGUUGUCGUCCAGAACAGAAGAAGAUCACACGUCCAGGUGGCUAAAGCAGAAGUCAGAAAGUGGGAGCCAUUGAAAGAAGAAGAAGAUUUAAGAAAGAAGAAGAACAGAUGUUGAAUGUUGCUGCAGAACAUAUUAAGUCAGUACAGUUUGGUUGGAGCUGGUUGUGAACAAAGACUACCUUUCUUCUGAGCAUUUGUCACGUUCUUCCAAGGACAGCAGGGAAAGGAUGGGUGUGACACACUGACUGCUCCUAUUGUGAUUCAUUUGGAAGAAUGUCAAAAAAGGGAUACGAUCACAGAACUGAGUUAACGCCCACCUAUUUCAAUCAGCUUGUGAUUUAUGGUAGGCUUGUAUCACAUGGAAAGAGCAGUUUUCUAAUGGAUCCAUCCAAAAGUCUGUGCAUACGAGAACAAUUUCAUGCUGUCAUGUAUGGAUCAUAACCAGCUAUUUUUAAAGAGAUUACGUAUUCAGCAAAAGCAAAGUAUUUUUACUAAUCUUUUGACCGGGGCAAUGUAUUCAUGGAGUACACUGAAAGAAGAUCAUCCUUUGCCAAACAACCUACCUUGGAUUCUUUACUGGAAUAUUCUAUUGCACAAUCUCUGUUAUAAAAAAGUUUACAUUCAAAUCUUGUCAGUUCACAAAGUUUAUCAGAUUUAAUUUGUUCGAAUGACAACAAUGAUUAACAAUGUAGAGCUGGUAAAAAAAAAAAAAAAACAUGCAUUAUGUUACAGGUGGUCUCAGCACCAUAUGAAAAUAUUUUAAUAAUGAUUUGUCCUUCAGUAGUCCUUCACUUUCAUUUUUUAAUAAAGGAAAUAUCACAGCUGCUUAGGUCUUGGAAUAAUCUCAUCCGGCCAAAACAGUGACCUCAGAAUGAAGCCAAAAAUGUAGGUUCUGUGUACCAUGAAGAUUCCACAUUUGGUUGGGUACGAACAAAAUAUUUGCAUGUGGUCAAGCACCCAGUCGCUAAAAAGAAUAUACCAUUUGUAUGAAAAUAAAUGUACACAAUAACAUGCCUUGACAAAACUCUUUAAAAACAAACUUCACAGGUAACUAUUUAACUCUUUUUCCCUACAAACAGGAUGAUAGAUCACUGCAAGGCGACACCAUUUUUCAUGAACCGGUCUUUUAGGAAGUUGCUUCACCAGACGCAGAUUGAUCUUUGAAAUGAAACAUAUUUCAUUCUUAAAAGUGACUAAAAGAAUUUUUUUCCAACACAGAAGUGUCCUCCCCAGCCAUAUGUAAAGCCCAGGCCCUGUUAAUGGGGUCAGUCCUUCACCCAGAGGCGCACAAAGUCAUUUAGCGUUAAAGAAGCACACAAGGUUUUUUGUUUGUUUUUUUUGAUAGUGAAAUGUGGACCAAUCUAUGAGUGAAUGAAUAAGAAGCAAAAGGAGAAGGAGAGACAAGAUGUAACCAUGUGCCCUCUGAAAUGCAUUGUAUUUGCACACUGGAUGGCACCUUAGCUGUUCCAGCAUUAUUAUAGAUGUUAUGUUUAUAGCAGUUUUUGUUUGUCUACUUUUGUAUGUCUGUGUGCAGGACACACAUUAAAAAUAAAUCAUUCCAAGUGACAUGUUGUACCUCCUGUCUUGUUUUUUUAUUGGACAAAUCAAAAAGCCAGAAAUAAGCAUUUAAAUAUCCUACGACUUUACAUUACACAUAUAAAUUACCUUUAUCAUGACAACAUACUUGUCUACACCACUGUUCUUUUCUUUUCUUUAAAAUAUUCUUAAACCAGAAUGCAGGGCCUAUAGGCUAAAUCCCACCCAUCCAUGUUAAAACCCACAUGUUCCUCAAGGAUUGUACAAGAUGAGCCACACUAAAGUGACAAAAAAAUAC